AUGAAUAUGUUGGAUGAUGAAGAUGACCAAAGCUUUCACGCUACGCGUGACCGCAACUCCCAUUUGAGCGAUGUCGAAUGGGAUGCGGUUGAACGGAUGGGUUCAACCAUGGGCAUCCAUGCUGUAAGCGUCAUGCUAGAGGCUCUCAGUAGGGAUGCCCAACAUUCUGCUAUCGCCAAGUUCAUUCAAAAUGAACUUGACGCUGAACGCGAGAAAUUUGAACUGUUGAGACAGCAGCAGGCUGCUGCUGGUGGGUCGAUGCACUCGCGUCGGCCCGAAACCUUGAAGAUUGACAUCUCCAAGUAUAGGGGAGUCGAAGAGGACUCCCUCUUGAGAUGGUUCGUCGAAUUGGAUGACGCCAUAAGGGCGCGUCGCAUCGACGACGGGGAUAUGCAAGUUGAAUUUGCCCAGUCAAAUCUGGCAGGACGUGCCAAGACUUGGGCACUGGGGCUCAAGUUGCACGACCCAUAUGCGUUUGGGUCGUUGGAAGUCUUCAAGUCGCGGCUCAGACAAACGUUUGAACCGCCUAGAGCUGAGUUCAGAGCUCGAACCGAACUCUUGAAGCUCAAGCAGGGUAAGCGUGAUGUGCACGCUUACGCGCAACAUAUACGACAUCUCACGAGUUGUAUAAGUUCCAAUCCGGUGGAUGAAUACACGCUGGUUUCGGUGUUCAUGCAGGGUCUUGCGGAUGGUCCCGUCAAGACUCACCUGUUCCGAUCUGAACAAGAUUCACUAGAACAAGCCAUUUCCAUUGCGGAACAGGAAGACUUCAGUCUGAGACAGGCUCGCGCCAGCUCGACAUCGUAUCGUCAACCGAGACGAUAUGACAACGGAGGUCCAGAGCCGAUGGAACUCUGUUAUGUAGAGAGCGAGAAGGCUCGCUCUACAGGCUACAAGAAGUUGCAGAAAUGCAACAGAUGUCAGAAGACAGGACACUACGCUUACGAGUGUAGUGCCCCUCGUCCAGUGUCUCGCGACACUGGGCGUAGUGACCGUCCACCCAUGAGAAAGGGGCAGGGACGAGGGUCCGCUGUUGGUGCAAAGACGCAACAACGGGAUGGACCGUCAAAAAACCGACAGGAUCAGUAG